AAGUUCUCCUUCCCUUAUACGCACCGCUUCCUUCAAAACCUGUGACAAAAGCUAUAAACGGCGAGCCACCUGCUGCGGCGGACGUUUUAGCGGAUUCUCUUCUCUGAGAUUGGAGAAUAUCGACACUUAAGCUCAAGUUUUCAUGAUUUUAUGUGGAAGCAGGAGCUGAAAAUUCACUCGCUGUAUCUCGAUCAAUUAGUGAGAAUGACUGGUGGCGGUUUAAAGGGUAUUUUGGCUGCCGCUGUCACCCAAGGGGUGGCUGAGGCAAGGGCAAGGAUUUUUGGUCAUGUGCUUAAUCCAACAGGGCACAGAUCUCCCCACAAAAUUUUACGCAAGAAGCUCAUUGGUGAGAAAGUCGCGCAGUGGUACCCUCAUGACAUCAAGAGGGACGACCCACUUAUCAUGUCCCGCCUAGAGCAAGAGCGCUUAUCCAAGCUUGAAAUGUUGAAGCGACGUGGAAAAGGACCACCUAAGAAGGGCCAAGGAAAGGGAGCCAUGAAACGAAACAAAGGGAAGUGAUAUUUUUAUAUUCUAAUUUUUCAUAUCAGGUUUUGAGUAGUUUUGGCAAUAACAAAUUAGCAGUGGGUGGCAUUCAGUAACAACUUUGGCACUGAUACAGUUGUAUUAAUUUCUCUUUUCCUUGUGUGAUUGAUAGGAAACAGCACUUUCUAUUAAAUUAAUGAGCAUCUAAUGUCGACUAUGAA